AUGACGAUCGCAAUUGGUUUUGAAGGAUCGGCCAACAAGCUCGGUGUUGGUAUUAUACGCCACAUUGGAGCCAAAGUCGACAUUUUAGCCAACGUUCGAGACACGUAUAUCACGCCACCGGGUGAAGGUUUCCUUCCAAGGGACACGGCACAGCAUCACCGUGAUUGUAUCCUCGCUGUCAUGAAAAAAGCAAUGGAUCAGGCCCAAGUGAAACCUGAAGACAUUGACGUCAUAUGCUUUACAAAGGGACCUGGUAUGGGAGCACCGUUGACAUCGGUGGCGGUGGUGGCCCGUACGCUAUCGCUACUUUGGGACAAACCGCUAGUGGGUGUCAACCAUUGCAUAGGACAUAUUGAGAUGGGACGCGAGGUGACGGGCGCUUCCAAUCCUGUCAUUUUAUACGUCAGUGGUGGCAAUACACAAGUAAUUGCUUAUUCGCAGCAUCGAUACCGCAUUUUUGGCGAGACAUUGGACAUUGCUAUUGGAAAUUGUCUUGAUCGAUUUGCAAGAAUCCUCAACUUAUCCAACGAUCCAAGUCCCGGAUACAACAUUGAACAAUAUGCCAAGCGGGGAAAGAACUAUAUACCAUUACCCUACACUGUGAAAGGCAUGGAUGUGUCAUUUUCUGGUAUCUUAUCCCACAUUGAAAUGGUUGCCAAGGAAAAACUUCCAACCGGACAAGUAACUCCUGAAGAUCUAUGCUUUUCGUUGCAAGAGACCUUAUUCGCUAUGCUGGUGGAAAUUACCGAACGUGCCAUGGCCCAUGUGGAAUCUCAGGAAGUUUUGAUUGUCGGUGGUGUAGGAUGUAAUAUUCGUUUGCAAGAAAUGAUGGAACAGAUGGCUAAAGAUCGUGGUGGCCAAGUGUGUGCUAUGGAUGAACGAUUUUGCAUUGAUAAUGGCAUCAUGAUUGCACACGCAGGGUUGUUGGCUCAUCACACCGGAUAUUGUACACCAUUAGAUAAGAGCAACUGUACUCAACGCUUCCGUACAGAUGAAGUUUAUGUAUCAUGGAGAGAGGAUUAA